UUCACGCUUUCCCACAGAACCCAGCUGAGUCAACUCGUUAGGCGUGACAAAAAAAAGUUGAGUUAACUCGUGAGGACAAAGGCAAAGCAAAGUCCUUUUUUCUGAUUCCUUCUCUUUCACUAUAAGAUAACAUCAGUCAUUACCAUUUUCCCUUAAAGCUGACUUUUUCUUCUUCAACCUUAUCGCCAAAAAAAACAAAACAUCAUUCAACAACGACAUUCGACUCCAAAUACAUAACAUCGUCGUCAACAGUAGCAAAAUGGCUAGGUCUGGGGUUGAUGAGACAUCAGAAUCUGGAGCGUUUGUAAGGACAGCAUCAACAUUCCGCAACUUUGUUUCAAAAGAUCCUCAUUCUCAGUUUCCAGCUGAAUCAGGAAGAUACCAUCUUUACAUAUCUUAUGCUUGUCCAUGGGCUUGUAGAUGUCUUUCUUACUUAAAGAUCAAAGGACUUGAUGAAGCAAUCAGCUUCUCGUCGGUUCAUGCAAUUUGGGGAAGAACCAAGGAAACUGAUGAUCAUAGAGGAUGGGUUUUCCCAGAUUCGGAUACCGAGCUCCCUGGAGCUGAGCCUGACUUUCUUAAUGGUGCCAAGAGUGUGAGAGAACUCUACGAGAUUGCUAGCCCCAACUAUGAAGGGAAGUACACUGUUCCUAUUCUAUGGGAUAAGAAGCUUAAGACUGUAGUUAACAAUGAGAGUUCAGAGAUAAUCCGGAUGUUCAACACUGAGUUCAAUGGUAUUGCCAAAAACCCGUCACUUGACCUUUAUCCUUCUCAUCUCAGAGACACAAUCGACGAGACUAACGAAUGGGUUUUCAACGGGAUAAACAAUGGUGUUUAUAAAUGUGGUUUUGCUAGGAAACAAGAACCCUACAAUGAGGCAGUGAACCAGUUAUACGAAGCAGUAGAUAGAUGUGAGGAAAUACUCAGAAAACAACGAUACAUCUGCGGAAACACUUUCACUGAAGCAGAUAUCCGAUUAUUCGCCACUCUCAUAAGAUUUGAUGAGGUUUACUCGGUUCACUUCAAAUGCAACAAGAGACUCUUACGGGAAUACCCGAAUAUCUUCAACUACAUAAAAGAUAUCUACCAAAUCCAGGGCAUGAGUAGCACUGUGAACAUGGAACACAUUAAGCAACAUUACUACGGGAGCCACCCUACGAUAAACCCAUUCGGGAUCAUCCCUCACGGCCCCAAUAUCGAUUACUCUUCGCUUCAUGACCGCGACAGAUUCUCCUCGUGAAAAAAAAAUCAAACAUCAAAGGUCAUUGUGUGUGUGAAAAUGUUUCAAGUCAUGUUAUGUUCUACAUUUUGAGAAGUGAGUGUAUGUUUGGAGAUUAACCUAGUUUUUGAAACACUUUGACACAGAUCAUUUUCUUUUAUCAAAAGCUUGUUGAUAUA